AUGGAGGCCGGCGAGGUUCAAAGGCGAGGAGCGGCUUCACAACGUUUGAUUGGAGGACAUUUGGCGCCUUUGAUGUUCGCCGCUUUGAUACAAGAGGUCAUCGAGGUCAUUCAAGAGGGUUCAGCGGACACAACGAGGCCGGGUCAGGACAGGAAGACGACCAACAACCUGACAACAACGGAGGGGAGCGCUCGAGUGGCACAGAUCCAUAUUCAUGAGGAGAUCACAGAGAAACGGCGGCUGUGGAGGCGAGGAGGAGGUUUCCGUUAA